AUGUCGGCCACAACAACCAGCACAAUGACGACUCGACUCCAUUCCACCAUUCCACCCUUCCCAACCGACCUAGUCCACGCGCCAAUCGCUGAAAUCUCCUCCAAAGCACUCCUGGAAAAGGACCCUGCAUCCACAGCUGCAGUCUUACAAGCAUGCCAGACCUACGGAUUCUUCUAUCUCGACAUGGCCGACUCGGAACCGGGUCGCGAACUCCUCACCGAGGCGGAGCAGCUCCACGACCUCAGCAAGAAGGCACUGACUCUGCCCUUCGAGGAGAAGGACAAGUACGAUUUCCGCAAGACGGGCUCGUUCUUCGGGUACAAGCCCGCGGGCACUGUCAAGUUGACCGACAAGUCGCAGCGUCCGGACAGCACCGAGUUCUUCAACAUCGGCAAGGACUGUCUCUUUGGCGUGUCCCCAAGCCGCACAUAUCCCGAAAUCAUCCAGGAUGCGAGACCACUCCUAGAGGCAUUCUGCAAGGGUGCGCAUGAGAUGGCCAUGACGAUCCUGCGCACACUGGCACGAGCGUUUGGCGAAGAAGACGAGGACAUCUUCGUCAACCUCAACCGCUUCGAGGAAUCAUCCGGUGACCACAUCCGCCUGACACUCAAGCCUCCUUCCGACCCAGCAAAGACCGACAUCCUGGGCCUCCCCUCCCACACCGACUUUGGCAGCGUCACCAUCCUCUUCAACUGGCUCGGCGGGCUGCAGAUCGAGUCGCGCACCCCCGGCCGCGUCGGCGAGUGGGAGUACGUCAAACCCUUGCCGGGCAAGGCCAUCAUCAACCUGGGCGACGCCAUGGUGCAUUUCUCCAACGGCUCUCUCAAAAGCGCCAAACACCGCGUCGUGCCAUCCCCCGGCGCGCAAGCUGGCAUGGAACGCAUCAGCGUCGUCUACUUUGUCCGCCCCACGCACCACAGCCCGAUGAAGCCCGUGGGGAGAUUCGACGACGUUGCCAAACAACAGGACCGUGUCAAAGUAGCGGGCAAGUUCUCGGACGGCAUCGAUGACGGCAAAGUCUACACGGCGAGGGAGUGGCUCGAGAAGCGGUACACGCAGCUGGCCUCGAAGAAUUGA